AUGGUCUCCACGGAUUCAUCUCGACCCGAUCCUCCCGACUACCAGCAAGAGGAAGGAGAAAGUCCAUGGGACGGCAUUGGUCCCGAUAGCACCAACUGUGUGAGGAGGCACCCUUCAUGGCUGCCAACGGAUAUGUGUCAUUUGAAAGGAUCUGCCGUGGGCCCCACAGAUGCUGCUGCUUCUCUUGUUACUGGAACCAACAACAACAACGACAAUGAGGAUGGCCCGCAUGGCACAAUCUUGGCCAAUGCCCGUUUGGUCGAGACGGAACUGGAACCUGUUGUCAGUGCACAUGUGUUGGAGCAGCAGCAGUCCACACCAUGUAGUACAUGUGUGCCGGACACCAACACGGUUGGUGGGAGGCGACUGCUCUGUGCCAUUGUUGUCAUUGCUGUUGCGCUGUCCGCCGUCGCCAUUACAGGAAUUCUUUGCGCAUCCGGAGUUUGUACUUCCAAAGAGGAAGAUCCGCCCAUCACUAGUUUCACUACGGAACAAGGAACUUUUGCAGCGUCAAGCAGUCCUUCCGUGGUGUUUCAAGAAUCCAUCCGUCCUCUGCUGGUUGUAACAACACUGCUGCUUUUAGUGUGUGGCUGA